GUGCGGGAAUUUCAGACGCGCGCGCGGUCACACUCGCUCCGAUCGACUCAUUACCAACCAUGAGUAAGAGACAUCUUCAUGGAAAUUGGCAUUACUUUAUUGUAGCUAUGAUGGUGCUCUUGGAAGCUGCAAUUAUUACAGGGGAAAUUACAGUGGAGCCCGACAGUUGUAUAUGUCCUACUGAGUACUACACUUGCAGAGCAGAUCUUGUUACUGGCAUGGAAAUAGACAGCAGCGGGCUAACCGAUCCGUUCUUUUACAUCGUUGGUUUUUCGAGGAGACUAAACAUUGUGAAAGAGGGACUGAGAGUUGUGUUCUCUGAAGGGAGAGUGAAUGGCAGUCUCUCUAAUCUGACAGCUCAGUUGUUUAUUAUCGACCAACAAACUUGGAAUGGAAGUAAUUUCAGUUGUCGAGCAGCUGGUAGAGAAAAUAAAACAUUUUUUGUGUUUGUCACUGGUCCAGCCUCCCCUCCCACUAGUCUGUCAGUGGUGUGGGACCCACCAUCAGCUGUGGUCAGUUUCCAGUCUCCAGUGUAUGGUGGAGAAUGUGUGGACUAUUAUGUGGUCACUGCCGUCAGUGAAGAGAGGAAUGUAUUGUGUAAUGCCACCAGCAAUGGUCAUGGACACAGUUGCAGCGUUUCUCUUGGCAGCAACGCAAACGAUUACAACUUCACAGUCUAUGGAGUGACUCGUGUCAAUGAUAGUUACAUCUACAAUGGAAGUGCUACUGAUUGUGGCUUGCCGUUUCCUGAGAAUAUAAGAGCUAUUGAAGUAGAAUGCAGGAUUAUCAAAAUCUUCUGGGAGAACAACAGGCAAAGUACUUUGGAACCAGUGAACACAACCAUCAGUUGGCGUGGGGUCCACAGCAGUGGAGCCAGGCACUAUGAGAGAGGUAGUUCUGAAGACUCUCAUCUACUGACAUUAGACUACUCUGAGACUGGACCAGUGGAAAUUGCUGUGACAUUCUCUAGUGCUGUCUGUAACAAAACCACUGUCACCCACUACCUCGUUGAAGGAGUGUUGACUAGUGUGCACCUGAGGUCCAGGACACUAGUCAUUGAGAGCAGAGACUGUGUUGCUAGACCUGAGAACUACAGGAUAAGAGUUUGCUUU